AUUUUUCGCCUAAGAACCCCAUUUCCACGAUGGCCUCAAUUGAUAACGAUCCUCUGUAUACGGAGUUGUGCAGUGACAAAACUCUCAGCUCACAGAAGGAAGGAUUCUUCAAUGCAUUCUACUGGACGGUGGCGGAAAAUUUCACCGGUCAAAAUGAGCACUGGCUCCGGGACGUGUUCGGGAAGGUGCAACCGGGUAAUGACUCGGCCAGGGUUCAGCUAAUCUACGAAGACCCGGUGGUUUGUUUCGAGGUGCUGGGGACGCUGGAGCAUGUCAAGCCGGUGUUCCGGGGCAAAGACGCCAAGUUUAGUUGGCAACGGCGGGAACAAGCAACCAAACUGUUGAAUGAAGGUAAGAUGCAGCAGGCCCUGAUACUGGCCAGUCAGGCCGUCAUGCGGGCUCCCGCGAAAUGCGUUGAUAUGCACAUCGACCAAGGAAUGACUCUGGCAUGUGCCUUCUGGACCAGGGCCGAGGUGUUGAUUCGAAUGCUGGACGGUGUACAUGCGCUGCGAGACUUACAAAUGGCUGCCAAAGCUGGUUUUCCGGUGAAGGCAAAUGGCGAGUACUAUGGAAAGAUGGCCAAAUGUUAUGCAUUGAUGGGUGACUUGAAACGCGCCGAAGUUUCAGCUAAGUUGUUCCACCAGUUGGCCGGUUUGGACGAUUAUCGACUGCAACGGCUCCGUGAAGAUUUGGAGGAUUUGAGGACGCUUAAAGAGGAGGAUAGCGCAAUAAAACCACAGGGCCGAGAACCGAAGCUUCCUGAUCUUGCCGGAGGUGAAAACCAAGAGUUAAAAGGUGCUUCGAAAAAGAUCGCUCUUAGUGGAGCGCUGAAGGAUUCGCAAAAGGGACGCUAUAUUGUGGCUGCGGAAGAUCUACAGCCUGGUGAAACGGUACUUACCGAAGCAGCUUAUGGAGCGUGUCUUUAUCCGAAGUUUUUCGGAACGCAUUGCAACUUAUGUUUUUCCAGAUUGGUCGCUUCCGUUCCUUGUGAGCAAUGCUGUGGGGUGGCUUUCUGCUCCCCAGAGUGCCGGGAUCGAGCAUGCACUGGCUAUCACCGGUUUGAAUGUCAGUAUUUGGAUCUUAUGAUAGGCUCUGGUAUGUCCAUUCUUUGCCACUUGGCCUUACGGCUGAUCACGCAAGCCGGGACCGCAGAAAAAGCCAUCGAAAUCACCAAGGAUUUGGCACUUUGCUCUCAUGCUGAACAUCGUAGCCAUGAGGACUACUUCCGGCGUACUUUGAUGGCAGCUUUUCUGCUGCGGUGUUUGCAGAAGUCGGAGUUUUUCGGACGUCGUAAAACUGAAGCUGCUGAGCCAACCCCCAUAGAGGCCAAAGUUGGUGGCGUUAUCCUGGAGCUGCUGCAGUCCCUCCAGUUCAACGCGCAUGAAAUCUAUGAAAUGAGGGUAGUUGGUGAUCAUCGGAUCGAUUCGGCCAAAGUGCAGUACACUGGAGUGGGGGUUUACAGGACAGGAUCUCUGCUGAAUCACGAUUGUCAUUCGGGAGUUUCGCGAAGUUUCCUGAAGACAACAAUGAUUCUGCACACCAGUCGACCGUUGGCAAAGGGUAGUUCGGUUCCAGAAAAUUAUGGAAUGCAUUUCAUGCGCCAACCUUUGUCCGUUAGACAGAAGGUUCUUCGUUCGCGCUAUUGGUUCAAGUGUGAUUGCAAGGCUUGUGUCGAGGAUUGGCCACUUCUGGACAAAAUACCAGACAAACCAAAGCUCCGUUGCCCUCAUCCGGAUUGCUCCGGUGUGCUUGUUUACACCCAGAAGGGAAAGUGCUACAAAUGUAAGAAUAACGUAAACUUUGAGGGAACAAUUAAAAUCUUGCAACAGUGUGAAAAUCUGUAUGAUGAAGGAGCGAAGAAAAUGUUACAGGAACGCGUCGAAGAAGCAGCUCAACUGUUUAGCAAAGGAAUAAACUUGUUCUACACGGUGGCUGUACCUCCACAUAAGACAACUCACGUGGCGGAGGAGUCUUUGAGGUCUUGUUACGCUGACUUUGGAAACAAAACCCGCGUGUAAUUAUUGUACGCAAAUACAUUUACUAAUAAAGUGUAUGUCCUUUCAA